CUCCCCCGCAAACGCAAAAUCAACCCGUGAAACAAAUACUUGACGGAACCAGGCCAAACCACGUUACCAGCGGAAGUGCUCCCCAUCCCCAUCACUUAAACACCUCUUCUCUUUCCCUCUCUCAUUCCACGCGCCACCAUGCAAUCCACCUUCAUUUCCCCACGCGCUACUCCACCGAAACCCCAAAUGUCAUUCCCCACACAACCCCACUUCCCCACUCGCCUCCCUCCCUAUUCUCUGCGCGUCAAAGCUCAAUCUGUCGCCGUUGAACCAUCACAAGCAACAACCACAGUUGGGCAAAAGCUAAACAAGUACAGUUCACGCAUUACUGAGCCCAAGUCCCAAGGUGGGUCUCAAGCAAUCCUUCAUGGGGUUGGUUUAUCGGAUGCUGACAUGUCUAAGCCUCAGAUAGGUAUCUCUUCAGUUUGGUAUGAAGGGAAUACUUGUAACAUGCACCUGUUGAAGCUAUCAGAGGCUGUUAAAAGAGGGGUUGAAGAGGCAGGGAUGGUUGGUUUCAGGUUUAAUACAAUUGGCGUUAGUGACGCUAUUUCAAUGGGGACUAGAGGGAUGUGUUACAGUUUGCAAAGCAGAGACUUGAUUGCUGAUAGCAUCGAGACUGUUAUGAGUGCCCAAUGGUAUGAUGGCAAUAUCUCCAUCCCUGGCUGUGAUAAAAAUAUGCCAGGUACUAUUAUGGCAAUGGGAAGGCUGAAUCGACCUAGCAUUAUGGUUUAUGGUGGAACUAUCAAGCCUGGUCACUUCAAUGGCCAUACUUAUGAUAUAGUAUCUGCAUUUCAGGUUUAUGGAGAGUAUGUAAGUGGAUCUAUAAACGAUGAUGAAAGAAAAAAUGUGAUUCGUAAUUCCUGCCCUGGAGCAGGGGCAUGUGGUGGAAUGUAUACAGCUAACACCAUGGCUUCUGCUAUUGAAGCCUUGGGAAUGUCUCUUCCUUACAGCUCCUCAAUCCCUGCUGAAAACCAAUUGAAGUUGGAUGAGUGCCGUUUAGCUGGAAAAUAUCUGCUAGAACUAUUGAAGAUGGACUUGAAACCACGAGAUAUUAUCACUCGCAAGUCACUACGUAAUGCAAUGGUUAUUGUCAUGGCACUAGGUGGCUCUACUAAUGCUGUGUUACACUUAAUUGCGAUCGCAAGGUCUGUCGGAUUGGAGUUGACCCUUGAUGAUUUCCAGAAGGUCAGUGAUGAGGUUCCAUUCCUUGCAGAUCUGAAGCCUAGUGGAAAAUAUGUCAUGGAGGAUGUGCAUAAGAUUGGGGGAACACCUGCUGUCCUUCGCUACCUUUUGGAGCAUGGUUUCCUUGACGGGGACUGUUUGACUGUCACUGGGAAGACUUUGGCUGAAAAUGUGCGAAAUUGUCCACCAUUGUCUGAGGGGCAGGACAUAAUAAAGUCAUUGGAUAACCCCAUUAAGAAAACAGGUCACCUCCAAAUAUUACGUGGAAAUCUUGCACCAGAGGGUUCUGUGGCUAAAAUUACUGGAAAAGAAGGGUUAUAUUUCUCUGGUCCUGCACUUGUAUUUGAGGGAGAGGAAUCUAUGAUUGCAGCUAUCUCAGAAGAUCCCAUGAGUUUUAAGGGGAAAGUAAUAGUUAUUAGAGGAGAGGGGCCAAAAGGAGGACCGGGCAUGCCUGAAAUGCUAACACCAACCAGUGCAAUAAUGGGAGCAGGUCUUGGGAAGGAUUGUGCAUUGUUGACUGAUGGUAGAUUUUCAGGAGGUUCACAUGGAUUUGUUGUUGGUCACGUAAGCCCUGAAGCACAGGAAGGUGGUCCGAUUGGUCUCGUUAGAAAUGGGGAUAUCAUUAACGUUGAUGUCCGGGAGAAGAGAUUAGAUGUUCAAUUAACAGACAUGGAAUUGGAAGAGCGAAGAAAAAAUUGGACUCCACCUCCAUACAAGGCCACCCGAGGGGUUUUAUACAAGUAUAUCAAGAAUGUGCAAUCUUCUUCAAAGGGAUGUGUAACAGAUGAAUAGCAGAGAAGACAUGAUUCCGGGAACUAUUUGAGAGUGACAGAAGGUCAAACAUAUGCUUGCCACACUGCUAUAUUGUGGGUGCUUAAUUGCGUGCUAUCUAUUUGGUCGCCUACAACUACACUGCUAUUUCUUAAUGGAAGAACCAGUGUUUUUGUGAAAUUUGUCUUCCAGGGUAGUGAGAUUUUCUUUGAUUUUUGUGUUUUUAUUUUCCCAUCUCUGUCUUCAAGUCUCUUGUAAUCUUUCCCUGAUACAAUGGAUUUGCAGUUGUAUGAAUUGUGGGGUUAAUCUCAUCAGACGUUCUGUUGAUAAAACAUGAGCUUUGAACAUGUCACUGCAUGGCAAUGGAACUCUCCAUGUUUGUUUCA